AUGACAUUAGUCAGUGAUAUAUUAGAUGUUUUUAAUAUUGAAAGAAUAUCAGAUCGUUGGUUCGAUAUUUCAUCAAAUUUAAAUAAUAAUUGUUCAAAAUCUAUGAUUGAUUAUAUGAAUGGGCUUAAAACUGGAAAAUUAUGGGCAUUAAAAAUUGAUGACGCUUCUGGACAUUAUACAUCUGGUUUCUUUUACGGUAAUAAUUAUUGGAUGGGAUCCUUGUCUCUAUGCCAGAGUAUUUAUAAAAAACAGAAUGAAAUUAACAACCAUAAAGAAAAUUCUAAAUCUAAAAAGAAUGAUAUAUCAUACGGUAAAGGACAUUAUCAUAUGAAACACAUCAAACAUGAAAAUCCACCAUUUAUGCCAGGAUUUUAUGUAUUAAAAAUUCGUGUUAAUGAAACAAUGAUGGCACAUUUGAUUCGAACAAUUCAUAUUGGAAUUUGUUUACCAUCAAGUUGUGGUAUAAAUGAUGUCAAAUAUUUGACGGAAGCUUCACAAUUUGAUUUACAAAACAGAGAGUUAACAAUAAUGGAUAUUAGAUCACCAACUUUAAAUCCAUACAACAUGUGGUCCGAUAAAACAUUUUUAAUUUUGUUUUUCGUCACAGUAAUUGUUUUUGUAUUAAUGAUUUUCGGUACAAUAUAUGAUAUUUAUUUAAUACGUCGUUAUAAAAGUAAAAUUAUUGUUGAUGAUGAUAAAGAAACAACACACAGUGAAACAUCAUCCGGUAUUGGUUGCUCAGGUUCAUCAGAAUAUAGCGAUACAGUUACACAAGAAUUAAAAAAAGAUUUAAAAGAAUUGAAUUUAGUAUUGAGUUUACCACAAAAUGAUGAAAAUAAUCAUCAUCCACUUGAUUUACACCAUCAUCACCACCACCAUCACCACCAUCUUCAUCAUAUUAAUCAUCAUGAUGCACAAACCGAUUCACAUACUGAUGUUCAAUUACAAUUACAUGAACCAAAAAAAUUAAGUGUUUAUUCUGAAUUAUUAUUAUCAUUUUCGAUUAUAACAAAUUUUAAUGCAAUCUGUGAUCGUAACGUUGGAUCUGAUACAAUACCGUCAAUACAUGGUCUUCGUGCUAUCUCAAUGGCUUGGGUUAUAUUGGGACAUACUUGUAUUGUUGUUUUCAAAUAUUCGGAUAAUAUGGAAUUAAGAAAAGAAGUUGAAAAGAAUUUUUUAUUUCAAGCUGUCACAAAUGGACCAUUUAGUGUUGACACAUUCUUUUUCAUUAGUGGAUUUCUUGUUUCUUUUAUAUAUUUUAGAACAAAUGCUAAAGGUAAAUUAAAGAAACUUUCCAAGGGUGUUAAUGAAGUAACAGCUGGAACAUUUCACUUUUUGGGUUUAGUUGGAUACAGAUUUGUAAGGUUAACUGCUCCUUAUAUGUUUGUACUUGGAAUUGUUGAGGUUUCAAUGAAAUAUUUAGCCUCGAAUUCAGUAUUUGAGCCCCCAACAUUAGAUCAUGUUAAUUGCCCAAAAUAUUGGUGGAGAAAUGUUUUAUACAUAAACACACUAUUCCCUGUAGAUGACAUGUGCAUGCUCUGGAGUUGGUAUUUAGCUAAUGAUACACAAUUUUAUAUUAUUGGUGCAAUAAUAUUAAUUGUUGCUGUACGUCAUUUGAAAAUUGCAACAAUAACUUUAGCCCUAUUUUUGAUAUCAUCAUGGAUAACAACAGCAAUAAUAGCAUUUACACAUAAUCAUAUGCCAAAUACAGAUGACCCAUUAGCAUUAUUUGAUAAAAUUUAUGAUAAACCAUGGACACGUUUAGGUCCAUAUUUGAUUGGUAUGUCAGUUGGUUGGAUAUUAUUUAAAUCGAAUUGCAAAAUUCGUAUGAAUAAAAUGACAGUAUUUUUGGGAUGGACAACAUCAAUUACUGUUUUAUUAUUAUUAAUCUUUGGAUUGUAUAAUACAAGAUUAUCACAAGUAACAGCAGCUGCAUAUAGUUCACUAAGCCAUUCAGCAUGGGCACUAUCAUUAGCAUGGAUUACAAUAGCCUGUUCAACUGGAUAUGGUGGUUUUAUAAAUUCAUUAUUAUCAGCAUCAUGUAUUUAUCCAUUUUCAAGAGUAACCUAUUGUGCAUAUUUAGUACAUCCAAUUGUUAUAAGAGCUUUAGCAUUAAAUUCUGAUGCACCAUUACAUUUAGGAUCUGAUUCAAUGGUCAUAACAUUCUUUGGAUUAGUGGUUUGUUCUUAUCUACUGUCAUUUAUUGUAUCAUUAUCAUUUGAAGCACCAGUUGUAACAAUGCUGAAAAUUUUAUCGCCAAAUCGAAAAAAGAGAAUUUCUUAG